GGUGAACAGAAUCUUGUUGGAAGGGCCUUCAGCAGCCUACUCUGCCCUCCUGGACUCCUGGCUAGAGGAAAUGAAGUGCUGUGGAUGCAUGGACAAGAGAGACCCUCCCCAUCUGAUCAUCUGGUGUCGGCUCCUCUGCUUCCUUUUUCCACUUCACUUAACUCAGCUGCUGUGUGAGAUCACCUGAAAUACAGCAAGCAGACACUUGGGAAGCACAAGAGUCUCCAGGUCAGAUCCGGAGACUAGCCUUCCUGAGAGGCAGCAGUGUCCAGGGCUCAAGGGAGUCCAAUCUGGGAGGAAGGAGUCCGUCCGGCCAGAACCCCCAGGCCCAGAGCCUGCUCUGUUGCUGACACAUUCUCAGAUCUGCUUCCCUCUAGUGGCAAGCGCUUGCCCUGCAGCCCAGACCACGUGAUUUCUGGGAAACGCACCUCCCAGGAGGAGAACUGAAACUUAGGGUGGGAACCGUAGAAAGGGGAGGAGAGAUCAGUACGGCCUAGAACCAGCCGGUUGUGGACGUCCUCGGCACUCAGGAUGGCCUCAGGCAGACCUCGCAGCACCCGAAAGCUCCGGAACUGGAUAAUAGAGCAGUUGGAAAGUGAGCAGUUCCCAGGGGUGCGCUGGGAUGAUGCGGACAAGACCAUGUUCCGGAUUCCCUGGAAACACGCGGGCAAGCAAGACUUCCGAGAGGACCAGGACGCUGCCCUGUUCAAGGCUUGGGCACUGUAUAAGGAAAAGACUAAGGAAGGGGAACUAGGAAAUGCGGCUGUCUGGAAGACUCGCCUGCGCUGUGCCCUCAACAAGAGUUCUGAAUUCGAAGAGGUUCCUGAGAGAGGCCGUAUGGAUGUUGCCGAACCCUACAAAGUGUAUCGGAUACUGCCACCAGGAGCCCUCCCUGCCCAACGAAGAGUCCAAAAAUCACCAUCAAAGCGAUGCAUCAGUUCUGUCUCACCAGAGAGGGAAGACAGUAAGGAGAAAGGGAGGACCGACUGGAUUGUAAACCACUCAGACAGUGGCUUUAGUGGAAGCAGCAUCGGCGGCAGCAGCAGCAGCAGCAUCGGCGGCAGCAGCAGCAGCAGCAGCAGCCCCGAGCCAGAGGAAGGGGCCUGCAUUCAAGAGGACCCCGUGUUCCUGGAGCAUCAGCUUCCUCUGAACUCAGACUAUUCGCUGCUGCUCACCUUCAUCUACAGUGGGCAUGUGGUGGGUGAGGUCCGAGUGCCCAACCUAGACUGUCGCCUUGUGGCUGAGCCCUUAGAUUUGGAGAGCGAGAUGCUGCAGGUGACAUUUCCCAAACCUGAUCCACCGGAGCCUAUCCAGCACCUGCUGAGUCAGCUCGAGAGAGGGGUCCUCGUGGCCAGCAAUUCCAGAGGCCUUUUUGUUCAGCGCCUCUGCCCCAUCCCCAUCUCCUGGAAUGCACCUAAGGCCCCCCCUGGGCCUGGGCCUCACCUGCUGCCCAGCAAUAAGUGUGUGGAACUCUUCAGCACCAGCUACUUCUAUAGAGACUUGGCCCAGUACUGCCAGGGCCAAGGCCCCCCACCCAAGUUCCAGGCCACACUGCAUUUCUGGGAGGAGAAGUCUGGCUCUGACCACACCCAGGAGAAUCUUAUCACAGUGCGGAUGGAGCAGGCCUUUGCCCGACAUUUACUGGAAACAAUUCCAGAGGAGCAGAAAGCUGCUUUGUUCCUGGUACAGAACCCAGAGCUCCCAUCUGCUGCUGUAUCACUCUGAUCCCCGAGUCUCCAUUGAAAUAGACUUGUUCUCCACCCCGCUGGUCGGCCUGCUUUUGUGAUGCUCUAUCACUGUGAUGAUCCAUCAUGGCUGGUAGUGCAAGGAUCAUGUUUAUCCAGUAAAUAAUUAGAUUGAGAGCCAGGCUUAUUGGUGAAUAUUUGUAAUCUCAGCAGUUGAGAAACAGACUGAAUGAUUAUGAGUUCAAGGACAGACCCUGAAGAGACUUCUAUUUACUUUUUUUUCAUCUCUAAGAAACAGUUCUAAAUGGUGUGAUCUCAGAAGGAAUUUUGCUCUCUUUCCAGUCCCUAACUCUAAAUCCAAGCACUUUAUAUUUCCUUACUAGAUCCUCAUUAGAAUUUAAACUACAAUUUAACUGGUGGGGUAGUGCAUACCUGUAACCGUGGCACAUGGGAGGCAGAGGCAGGAAGACU